AUGGAUCUUUAUUAUUCGCCUUACGCUUCAUCGACUGGGGCCAUUCUUUUACUUGGCAAGGUUUUUGGUGUGGAAAUAAAUAAAAUUCCGAUCAAUAUCCAGGCAAAGGAACAGCUAAAGCCUGAGUUUGUGAAGCUGAAUCCUCAGCACACCAUUCCUACAAUCGUCGACAACGGAUUCUCUCUGUGGGAAUCUCGUGUCAUUCUCACCUAUCUGAUCGACAAGUACGCAAAAGAUGAUUCCCUUUACCCUAAGGACGACCAGAAACGCGCGGUUGUGAAUCAACGACUCUACUUUGAUUUGGGAACACUACACAAGGCUCUCGCAGAGUACUACUAUCCACAGUUCCGAAAGAAAGAAGCUGAUCCCGAGCUAUUCAAGAAGGUAGAGGAGGCCCUAAGUUUCCUUAAUAGUUUUUUGGAGGGGCAACAGUACCUGGCGGGUGAUUCUCUCACCGUUGCUGACAUUGCCAUUCUCUCCACCCUUGCUUUCUUUCAAGCCGUCGGUCUAGACAUUAGCAAAUACAGCAAUGUUGCCAAGUGGUACGAGAAUGGUAGCAAAGUGACUCCUGCAUGGGAUGAGAUCGAGAAUACUCAUUUAAUUAAAGUAAUGAGCAGAAGCAUGUGGAUAUCUCGGCAACCCGUCGCAACAAACAUGGAUUUUUAUUAUUCACCUUACUCUUCUAUGGGUGCUGCUAUCCUUUUGAUUGGAAAGGCUCUUGGUCUCGAAAUCAAUAAAAUUCAUGUCAACGUCCACCAGCAGGAACAACUGAAGCCAGAAUUCGUGAAGCUCAAUCCACAGCACACCAUUCCCACUCUCAACGAUAACGGUUUCGUUGUUUGGGAAUCUCGAGCCAUUCUCACCUAUCUCGUUGAACAGUAUGGAAAGGAUGAUUCUCUUUACCCGAAGGAUCCUCAGAAGCGUGCUCUUGUAAAUCAACGCCUCUACUUCGAUAUGGGAAAGCUUUAUAAAUCCUUCCUGGAGUACUUCUAUCAGCAAAUCCAAAAGAAACCAGAAGAUCCCGAGCUAUUCAAGAAGGUGGAAGCUGCCCUAGAGUUCCUCAACAUUUUCCUCGAGGGGGAAAAGUAUGUGGCAGGUGAUUCCUUCACUGUUGCCGAUAUUGCUAUCCUCGCAACCGUGGCCAAUUUAAAAGUCAUUAAUGUAGACUAUAGCAAAUACACAAAUAUUGUUAGAUGGUAUGAGAAUGGUAGAAAAGAAGCACCUGGAUGGGAAGAGGUUGAAAAUACCGCUGAUACAUUUAAGGCAGUCAUUGAAGCAAGAAAGUAAAAUAACAUAUUUUAAAAAAACCCUUUUAAAAUAAUUAAAUUCUCUUUAAAUAAAUUAUUUACA